CAAGCGCCAACCUUGGGCAGGAUGGAGGUGCCCGGGGUCGCCGACCCUGAGGGGCACGGCGAGCUGCGACCUUUGAAACCGUGUCUGUUGCGCCGCAACCACAGCCUCGAGCAGUACGGCGUGGCGGCCUCCUGCUUGGAGGAGCUCAGGAGCAAGGCCUGUGACAUCCUGGCCAUCGACAAGGCCCUGACCCCGGUCACUCUGGUCCUGGCUGAGGAUGGCACCAUAGUGGAUGAUGACGACUACUUCCUGUGUCUGCCUUCCAAUACGAAAUUCGUGGCCUUGGCCAGCAACGAGAAGUGGAUAUACAGCAACUCAGAUGGAGGCACGGCGUGGAUUUCCCAGGAGUCCUUCGAGGUCGAUGAGACAGACAGUGCAGCGGAGUUAAAGUGGAAGAACGUGGCCCGGCAGCUGAAAGAAGACCUGUCCAGCAUCGUCCUCCUGUCCGAGGGGGACCUCCAGCUGCUCGUGGACGUGCCUUGUGCUGAGCUGGCUCAGGAACUCCACCAAAGCUGUGCGGCCGUGCAGGGACUCCAGAACGCGCUGCAGCAGGUGCUGGACCAGAGGGAGGAGGCCCGCCAGUCCAGGCAGCUCCUGCAGCUCUACCUCCAGGCUCUAGAGAAGGAGGGCGGCAUCUUGUCAGGACAGGAAGAGACCAGCGCCACCUGCAGCGAAGAGACGGAUGUGGUCGACACAGGGGUCAGCAGCGAGCUCUCCUCCGAGGUGACCCUCACGAACCGGCUGCUUCGCACGCUGCGGGAGAAUCCUGCCCCAGAGCUGAGCUUGUCCAGUGAGGAGCUGGAGCUGGUUGCCAAGGAAGACCCCACAGCGCUGGCUGCAACUUUGAGCUGGGACAGAGAGAAGACGGAAGCCCUGCAGCGGGCCUGUGAGCGGGAGCUCGCCCUCCGCCUGCAGCAGGUGCACAGCCUGCGGGCACUCAGGAAAGUUUCAACCAGGAAGAAUCUUCUGCCAGAGGAACCUUCUGCCGGAAGUAAACGGGCCAGGCCAGACCCGACAUAGUGACCGAGGAAAGAUGCUAAGGAAGACCCUGGCCUCGCGUUCCAGUCUCGGUAGAAGCCUUCAGCCUGGGCUUGGCGCAAUAGCCUAGUGGUUAAAGUCCUUCCCUUGCAAACACCUCAGGAUCUCAUAUGGUCGCUGGUUCU